AGCCUGGGCCUCGCCACCGCCUCCGCGGCAGCCCCGGUCGGCGCAAGUGCGGCGCGCGCUGGGGGAGGGGGUGCGGCGGAGCGCGAGGCUGGCGUCGGGCCGCCGCGGGAUUAAGUUUCUCAGUCACGCGUGUCUGUGCGCUUUGAUCCCGAAGCUCCUCGCCGGGCCGUUACUUCGGAAGACAGCGAGCGUGGGCGAAGUGAGGCAUCCAGAGGCCCCGGCGACCCCUGCUCCCUAGCCCUCCGCCCCCUCGCGUCCCGGCCCUGGGCGGCCGCCGCGAGCCGGAGUUCCAUUUUAAUUGCUGUUAAUAUUUUAGAGAAGAACACUGAACUUUGAAAAAAAUGUUGGAAGCCAUUGACAAAAAUCGGGCCCUGCAGGCAGCAGAGCGCUUACAAACCAAGCUGCGAGAACGUGGGGAUGUAGCAAAUGAAGACAAACUGAGCCUUCUGAAGUCAGUCCUGCAGAGCCCUCUCUUCGGUCAGAUUCUGAGCCUUCAGACUUCUGUACAGCAGCUGAAAGACCAGGUAAAUAUUGCAACUUCAGCAACUUCAAAUAUUGAAUAUGCCCACAUUCCUCAUCUCAGCCCAGCUGUGAUUCCUACUCUGCAAAAUGAAUCGUUUUUAUUAUCCCCAAACAAUGGGAAUCUGGAAGCACUUACAGGAUCUGGUAUUCCACACAUUAAUGGGAAACCUGCUUGUGAUGAAUUUGAUCAGCUGAUCAAAAAUAUGGCCCAGGGUCGCCAUGUAGAAGUUUUUGAGCUCCUCAAACCUCCAUCUGGAGGCCUUGGGUUUAGUGUUGUGGGACUAAGAAGUGAAAACAGAGGAGAGCUGGGAAUAUUUGUGCAAGAGAUACAAGAGGGUAGUGUGGCUCAUAGAGAUGGAAGAUUGAAAGAAACUGAUCAAAUUCUUGCUAUCAAUGGACAGGCUCUUGAUCAGACAAUUACACAUCAGCAAGCUGUCAGCAUCCUGCAGAAAGCCAAGGAUACUGUCCAGCUCGUUAUCGCCAGAGGCUCGUUGCCUCAGCUCGUCAGCCCCAUAGUUUCCCGUUCUCCAUCUGCAGCCAGCACCAUUUCAGCUCACUCUAAUCCGGUUCACUGGCAACACGUGGAAACUAUUGAAUUGGUGAAUGAUGGAUCUGGUUUGGGAUUUGGCAUCAUAGGAGGAAAGGCAACUGGUGUGAUAGUAAAAACCAUUCUGCCUGGAGGAGUAGCUGAUCAGCAUGGGCGUUUAUGCAGUGGAGACCACAUUCUAAAAAUUGGUGACACAGAUCUAGCAGGAAUGAGCAGUGAGCAAGUAGCACAAGUCCUUAGGCAAUGUGGAAAUAGAGUUAAGUUGAUGAUUGCAAGAGGUGCCAUAGAAGAACAUACAGCACCCACUGCUUUGGGCAUCACCCUCUCCUCAUCCCCAACUUCAGUGCCAGAGUUGCGGGUUGAUGCUUCUACUCAGAAAGGUGAAGAAAGUGAGACAUUUGAUGUAGAACUCACUAAAAAUGUCCAAGGAUUAGGAAUUACCAUUGCUGGUUACAUUGGAGAUAAAAAAUUGGAACCUUCAGGAAUCUUUGUAAAGAGCAUUACAAAAAGCAGUGCUGUCGAGCAUGAUGGCAGAAUCCAAAUUGGAGACCAAAUUAUAGCAGUAGAUGGCACAAAUCUUCAGGGUUUUACUAAUCAACAAGCAGUAGAGGUAUUGCGACACACAGGACAAACGGUGCUCCUGACACUAAUGAGGAGAGGAAUGAAGCAGGAAGCUGAGCUCAUGUCAAGGGAAGACGUCACAAAAGAUGCAGAUUUGUCCCCUGUUAAUGCCAGCAUAAUCAAAGAAAAUUAUGAAAAAGAUGAGGAUUCUUUAUCUUCGAGGAGAAACACCAACAUAUUACCAAUUGAAGAAGAAGGUUAUCCAUUACUGUCAGCUGAGAUAGAAGAAACAGAAGAAGCACGAAAACAAGAAGCUGUCCUGCUGACAAAGUGGCAAAGGAUUAUGGGAAUUAACUAUGAAAUAGUGGUGGCCCACGUGAGCAAGUUUAGUGAGAACAGUGGAUUGGGGAUAAGCCUGGAAGCAACAGUGGGACAUCAUUUUAUCCGAUCCGUUCUGCCAGAGGGCCCUGUUGGACACAGCGGGAAGCUUUUCAGUGGAGACGAGCUAUUGGAAGUAAAUGGCAUAACUUUACUUGGGGAAAAUCACCAAGAUGUGGUGAAUAUCUUAAAAGAAUUGCCUAUAGAAGUGACAAUGGUGUGCUGUCGUCGAACUGUGCCACCCACCACCCAAUCAGAAUUGGAUAGCCUGGACUUAUGUGAUAUUGAGCUAACAGAAAAGCCUCAUGUAGAUCUAGGUGAGUUCAUCGGGUCAUCUGAGACAGAGGAUCCAGUCCUGGCGAUGACUGAUGUGGGUCAGAGUACAGAGGAGGUUCAAGCACCUUUGGCCAUGUGGGAGGCUGGCAUUCAGCACAUAGAGCUGGAGAAAGGGAGCAGAGGACUUGGUUUUAGCAUUUUAGAUUAUCAGGAUCCAAUUGAUCCAGCAAGCACUGUGAUUAUAAUUCGUUCUUUGGUGCCUGGCGGCAUUGCUGAAAAGGAUGGACGACUUCUUCCUGGUGACCGACUCAUGUUUGUAAAUGAUGUUAACUUGGAAAAUAGCAGUCUUGAGGAAGCUGUAGAAGCACUGAAGGGAGCACCGUCAGGAACUGUGAGAAUAGGAGUUGCUAAGCCUUUACCCCUUUCACCAGAAGAAGGUUAUGUUUCUGCUAAGGAGGAUUCCUUUCUCUACCCACCACACUCCUGUGAGGAAGAAGGGCUCCCUGACAAACCCCUCUUCAGGGCUGACUUGGCUCUGGUGGACACAAAUGAUGCUGACUUAGUAGAUGAAUCCACAUUCGAGUCUCAAUACUCUCCUGAUAAUGACAGCAUCUACUCUACCCAAACCUCUAUUUUAUCUCUUCAUGGCAGUUCUUGUGGUGAUGGCCUGAACUAUGGUUCUUCCCUUCCAUCGUCUCCUCCUAAGGAUGUUAUUGAAAAUUCUCGUGAUCCACUACUUGAUCUGCAUAUGUCUUUGGAGGACCUAUAUACCCAGAAUCUCCUGCAAAGACAGGAUGAGAAUACACCUUUGGUAGACAUAAGUAUGGGGUCUGCUUCUGGCUUUACUAUAAAUGACUACACACCUGCAAAUGCUGUUGAACAGCAAUAUGAAUGUGAAAACACAAUAGUGUGGACUGAAUCUCAUUUACCAAGUGAAGUUAUAUCAAGUGCAGAACUUCCUUCUGUGCUACCCAAUUCAGCUGGAAAGGGCUCUGAGUACCUGGUUGAACAGAGCUCCCUGGCCUCUAAUGCUGAGUGUGUCAUGCUUCAAAAUGUAUCUAAAGAAUCUUUUGAAAGGACUAUUAAUAUAGCAAAAGGCAAUUCUAGCCUAGGAAUGACAGUUAGUGCUAAUAAAGAUGGCUUGGGGAUGAUUGUUCGAAGCAUUAUUCAUGGAGGUGCCAUUAGUCGAGAUGGCCGGAUUGCCGUUGGAGACUGCAUCUUGUCCAUUAAUGAAGAGUCUACCAUCAGUGUAACCAAUGCCCAGGCACGAGCUAUGUUGCGAAGACAUUCUCUCAUUGGCCCUGACAUAAAAAUUACUUAUGUGCCUGCAGAACAUUUGGAAGAGUUCAAAAUAAGCUUGGGACAACAAUCUGGAAAAAUAAUGACAUUGGAUAUUUUUUCUUCAUACACUGGCAGAGACAUUCCAGAAUUACCAGAGCGAGAAGAGGGAGAGGGCGAAGAAAGUGAACUUCAAAACACAGCAUAUAGCAAUUGGAAUCAGCCCAGGCGGGUGGAACUCUGGAGAGAACCAAGCAAAUCCUUAGGCAUCAGCAUUGUUGGUGGACGAGGGAUGGGGAGUCGUCUAAGCAACGGAGAAGUGAUGAGGGGCAUUUUCAUCAAACAUGUUCUGGAAGAUAGUCCAGCUGGCAAAAAUGGAACCUUGAAACCUGGAGAUAGAAUUGUAGAGGUGGAUGGAAUGGACCUCAGAGAUGCAAGCCAUGAACAAGCUGUGGAAGCCAUUCGGAAAGCAGGCAACCCUGUAGUCUUUAUGGUACAGAGCAUUAUAAACAGACCAAGGAAAUCCCCUUUGCCUUCCUUGCCGCACAACCUUUACCCUAAGUACAACUUCAGCAGCACUAACCCAUUUGCUGACCCUCUACAAAUCAACGCCGACAAGGCACCCAGUCAGUCAGAGUCAGAGCCAGAGAAGGCUCCAUUGUGCAGUGUGCCCCCACCCCCUCCUUCAGCCUUUGCAGAAAUGGGUAGUGAUCACACACAGUCAUCUGCAAGCAAAAUCUCACAAGAUGUGGACAAAGAGGAUGAGUUUGGUUACAGCUGGAAAAAUAUCAGAGAGCGUUAUGGAACCCUAACAGGUGAGCUGCAUAUGAUUGAACUGGAGAAAGGUCAUAGUGGUUUGGGCCUAAGUCUUGCUGGGAACAAAGACCGAUCCAGGAUGAGUGUCUUCAUAGUGGGGAUUGAUCCAAAUGGAGCUGCAGGAAAAGAUGGUCGAUUACAAAUUGCAGAUGAGCUUCUAGAGAUCAAUGGUCAGAUUUUAUAUGGAAGAAGUCAUCAGAAUGCCUCAUCAAUCAUUAAAUGUGCCCCUUCUAAAGUGAAAAUAAUUUUUAUCAGAAAUAAAGAUGCAGUGAAUCAGAUGGCCGUAUGUCCUGGAAAUGCAGUAGAACCUUUGCCUUCUACCUCAGAAAAUCUUCAAAAUAAGGAGACAGAGCCAACUGUUACUACUUCUGAUGCAGCUGUGGACCUCAGUUCAUUUAAAAAUGUGCAACAUCUGGAGCUUCCCAAGGAUCAGGGCGGUUUGGGUAUUGCUAUCAGCGAAGAAGAUACACUCAAUGGAGUCAUCAUAAAGAGUUUAACAGAGCAUGGGGUAGCAGUCACGGAUGGACGACUCAAAGUUGGAGAUCAGAUAUUGGCUGUAGAUGAUGAAAUUGUUGUUGGUUACCCUGUUGAAAAGUUUAUUAGCCUUCUGAAGACAACAAAGACAACAGUAAAACUUACCAUCCAUGCUGAGAAUCCAGAUUCCCAGGCUGUUCCUUCAGCAGCUGGUGCAGCCAGUGGAGAAAAAAAGAACAGCUCCCAGUCUUUGAUGGUCCCACAGUCUGGCUCCCCGGAACCAGAGUCUAUCCGAAAUACAAGCAGAUCAUCAACACCGGCAAUUUUUGCUUCUGAUCCUGCGACCUGCCCCAUUAUCCCUGGCUGUGAAACAACCAUCGAGAUUUCCAAAGGGCGAACAGGGCUGGGCCUGAGCAUCGUUGGGGGUUCAGACACACUGCUGGGUGCCAUUAUUAUCCAUGAAGUUUAUGAAGAAGGAGCAGCAUGUAAAGAUGGAAGACUCUGGGCUGGAGAUCAGAUCUUAGAGGUGAAUGGAAUUGACUUGAGAAAGGCCACACAUGAUGAAGCAAUCAAUGUCCUGAGACAGACGCCACAGAGAGUGCGCCUGACACUCUACAGAGAUGAGGCCCCAUACAAAGAGGAGGAAGUGUGUGACACCCUCACUAUUGAGCUGCAGAAGAAGCCGGGAAAAGGCCUAGGAUUAAGUAUUGUUGGUAAAAGAAACGAUACUGGAGUAUUUGUGUCAGACAUUGUCAAAGGAGGAAUUGCAGAUGCCGAUGGAAGACUGAUGCAGGGAGACCAGAUAUUAAUGGUGAAUGGAGAAGAUGUUCGUAAUGCCACCCAGGAAGCGGUUGCCGCUUUGCUAAAGGUGAGUGAAGGCAGCCUGUCAUCUUUCACUUUUCCACUCUCUGGAUCCAGUACAUCUGAGUCACUGGAAAGUAGCUCAAAGAAGAAUGCAUUGGCAUCUGAAAUACAGGGAUUGAGAACAGUUGAAAUAAAAAAGGGCCCUACUGACUCACUGGGAAUCAGCAUCGCUGGAGGAGUGGGCAGCCCACUUGGUGAUGUGCCUAUAUUUAUUGCAAUGAUGCACCCAACUGGAGUUGCAGCACAGACCCAAAAACUCAGAGUUGGGGAUAGGAUUGUCACUAUCUGUGGCACAUCCACUGAGGGCAUGACUCACACCCAAGCAGUUAACCUACUGAAAAAUGCAUCUGGCUCCAUUGAAAUGCAGGUGGUUGCUGGAGGAGAUGUGAGUGUGGUCACAGGUCAUCAGCAGGAGCCUGCAAGUUCCAGUCUUUCUUUCACUGGGCUGACGUCAAGCAGUAUAUUUCAGGAUGAUUUAGGACCUCCUCAAUGUAAGUCUAUUACACUAGAGCGAGGACCAGAUGGCUUAGGCUUCAGUAUAGUUGGAGGAUAUGGCAGCCCUCAUGGAGACUUACCCAUUUAUGUUAAAACAGUGUUUGCAAAGGGAGCAGCCUCUGAAGAUGGACGUCUGAAAAGGGGCGAUCAGAUCAUUGCUGUCAAUGGGCAGAGUCUAGAAGGAGUCACCCAUGAAGAAGCUGUUGCCAUCCUUAAACGGACAAAAGGCACCGUCACUUUGAUGGUUCUGUCUUGAAUUGGCUGCCAGAAUUGAGCCAACCCAACCCCCAGCUCACCUCCUGCUGUGAGGAGAAUGGACUGGUCCUGACUUUUUUAUGCUGUGUUCAGCGGGUCUUCAAAACUAGGGGGGUAAUAACUCUUAAGUGUGUUUUUCUCAUAUAGAAAUGCUUUCCUUACUGAGAACCUCUCAUCAUUUUUCUUUUCUUCUUGCAUUUUGUGAACUUAAAGUCAAAGAGAAGGAAUAUUUGUGUAGGUGAAUCUGGUUUUUAUUUGUGAAGAUAUCUAAUGUUUUGUAGUCACAUGGGCAAGAAUUAUUACAUGCUAAUCUGGUUAGUAUAAAGAAAGAUAAUUCUAAAGCUAACCAAAAAAAAAAAUGGAUUCAGUAAAUUAGAAUGAAAAAUGAAAAUAUAAAAUAAAGAAGAAAGUCUUGGGGAGUUUUAAAAAAAUGCCUCAAUUUGGCAAUCUACCUCCUCUCCCCACCCCAAACUAAAAGAAGAAAAAAAAGUUUUCUAUUGAAAAUCUUUAAAAAUACUGUCAGUAUUUUAAAAUUUUCAACACAGUAUAAUAAAAACGUUGCGUCUCCCCACCUCUUACAUGCAUAUGUAUUUUUCCUGCUAAAAUUGGUUUCUAUAAUUGAGUAAAUAGCAAAUAUAUGAAGCAAUGUCCCUAAAUUUUAUAAAGGAAUUAUAUUUAAUGCACAUCUCAAUUUUCAUUUUUAUUUUUGACCUUUUAUAAAAUAUUUUCAUGUUGCUAUAAGUAAAUGAUGAUGCCACCCCAUGUUGACUAUGGUUUUUCUAGAAAGCAACUAUGCUGCUAAUCAUAGAGGAACAUAGAAGGGUCCCAAAAUCUUUAGUGCUGGUUUUAACAACUGAUGCAACAUUAAAAAUGUGUUAGUGUGCUGUGCAAUUGGUUUUCAAUUCGUAUUAAUCUUAAUGAUAGAAAACAAAGUGUUAGUAAUUAUUUUGGUUGUUUGCCAUUAGUAAAUUGAUAGAAAAAUUAAGGCGAUUAACAUAACUUCAUUUCAUUGCCUUAUAUUAACAUCUUAUAAUACAAUAGUUUAAGACUAAGGGAAACAGAUGGAGCUGUUUAUUGAGACAACUGGUGAGGAAUUAUCAUGUGUUCAUUCCCAUUUUAGAGCGUGAAACUCCUACAUUAGAAUAUAUAAAGUCACUUUAAAUAUUAUCUAUAUUUGUAACAGAAGUAGUGUACAGAUAUUUUAUUACAGCAUUUUUGUGUAAAUGCAGAAUUAAAGUGAAUAAAUAAGAAUUUUCAGUGGUGCACAAA